AUAGACAGACAAGCGACCAUGCCGAGGCCUAUUGAGGCGGACGUGCACAGCGCGUUCAUGGAAUUCCGCAACGCAGACGAAAAGUGCAUGUCAGUUCAAUGCCUCUUCUGUCACCAAGUCCGCGCAAAGAACACCACCAGGCAGAAGCAGCAUCUGGCUCAGUGCACCCAGUACCUCGCCCAGCACCCCGAGGCCGCUGCUGCCAUCAAGUCUUCUCUGGAGCAGCAUGCGCAGAGUCAUGAUGGCUCCACCGCCCACGUCUCGGGCGGCCACGGCGGCGGCGGCGUCGUCUCUCAUGGUCCCGGCAGUCACGGUCACGGUCACGGUCACGGCCACGGUCAUGGCCACGGUCCCGGCCAGGACACCGGCGGUAACAACGCCAACCUGACAGCCGGUAGCCAGAUGCAGAACCAGCAUCCGGCCGCGACUACUGCCGGCGCGUCCAGUGUCUAUCCCGAGCCCACGUCCCUUGACCCGCACCAGCAUACCAAUCUGGGCUUCACCCCCAAUGCUCGGAUUAACGGCACCAGCACCCCCCAUGGCACCGGAACCCCUAUUCCUCAGCAUAUUCGCCCCAUGUCGGGUGCAUCGAGUGCUCCUCCCGCCAAGCGCCAGAAGACCAAGCAGACCAACCCCAACUUGCCCGAGAUUCCUCUUGCAGAGGUCCAUGCGGCCUUUGUCGAGUUCCAAGCCAAGGAGGGUGACAAGUGCCUGUCCGCCAAAUGCAUCUACUGCAACCAAGUGCGUGCGAAGAACACGUCCCGCCAGCGCGAGCAUCUGCUCCAGUGUCCUGGCUAUCAGGCCACCAUGAAGGACAGGAUCCCGGCCAACAACCUUCUUCACCACUUUGAUGAUGACGAUGUUGCCGCAUCGCUCGCUCUGCCCACCCCCACUCUUGAGCUCGACUUCCGGAUGAGCAUCCGGGUCAAGCCCAAGAUCAACAUUGGUAACGGCACCUAUGGCCGUCAGAGCUGGAUCUCUUGCAUUGGUGGUCAAUGGGCUGGUCGUUGGGGCAAGGGUAACGUCCUGGCUAACGGUCAAGAUACUCAGACCUCUUUUAAGGAAACAGAGACGAAGAUCGAUGCCCGUUACCUGAUCCAGACCAACGACGACCAUCCUGCCCUAAUUAUCUGCAAGGUCGAGGGCUGGUGGGUCGGCGAGAAGGAGAUCAUGGAGCGUCUCCAAGACCCGGUUGCCGCAGACAACGUUGCAGCUAACCGCUACAAGCUGCGUGUCACGCUAAAGCUUGAGACGGGCGAUGAGCGCUACGAGGAGCUCAACAGCGGCGUCUGGGUCGGCAGUGGUUGCCGCCGCGGCGCCGAGAUCGUCUACGACGCCUACCGCGUCAACUGAUUGGGACCUGGGAGGACGGAGGAGGACUGACGAAAGGAGUGCGUUGAUGUAAUGCCCCUACUGCGAAAAGUCAUGCUGGAUCAACCGAGGCAGGACACUCGGUUUGAACGACUUUGAGCGAUCACCUUCUAAUGCUUCUGUAAAUGUUUAUUACGGCGGUAUGGCGUCCCAAACAGUGUUGCCCACUGAGACCAGAGUCACGCUUGGCUAUGUUCCUCAGAGGUAUGUGACAAAGAGGCUGCUUGUCCAGUGACUGGCAUGUCCUUAUAUACAGAUAGUCAAGCCAUGCGUCUCGAAUCACUUCCUUGCGA